ACAUUUAAAAACGUCCUUAUAGCGGCGUGCAAUAACAUUAUAACUAUUAAAUGUUUGUAUACUGAUUAUGAAUGCGAAACAGGGAGACUAAAGUCUUCCCAUGAUUCUGAUUUGUAUUAAGUUCAUAUUUGCAUAUUGAUUUCCCUCACAGCCAAUCAGCGGUCAGACUGGAUGCAGUUUUACCUCCCCCCUCCUCUCCUCUCUGGAUGACGUAGAUGUGUGUCAAUGCUGGUCAGCUGUUGUCUGUGGAGAGCAGCAUCAUCACCACCACCACCAGCAGCAGCAGCAGCAGCAGUAGCUCCCGCUGAUGAUGGAAACGGAAACACGGAUGGAGCUGCAGUAGAGAUCCGGGGAGGAUGCUGCGGCUGUUGUGCGACAAACCAGGCCGUGUUUAGCCCGUGUCAGCUGCACCUACCGUGGAUGAUUUUCCCGAUGGGUUGCGGAGGGAGUCGGGCGGACGCGAUCAUCGAGCCGAGGUACCAUGAGAGCUGGACCAGGGAAACGGAAUCGACGUGGCUUACCAAUACAGACGUAGAGACCUCUUUAACAGUAGCAAACAGUAAAGCUCUGGAGGCCAGUCUGAGGGAGAAGAGGAUGGUGAACACAGGCACCCAGUGUGGGAAGCAGGCCCUCACAUCCACUGGCUCCAACCACCAGAGGAGACCCAGACGCUCCCUGAGUGAUCAAACCACUCGUGACUCCAAAAGGAGGGCAUCAAAGGAGGCCAGUGCUUUGUCUAAGGAUGGGCAGCCCGUCAGUAUCAACAGCAGUGGAGACGGUGAACCUGGGAAUGUUUGUGACGAAAGAUGAAGACAAGCCGAGACUCUGUGAAGAGGAAGGUGGCCGGAGCUGCGAGCGGUUCACCAGAAGAUGGGACGGUGAUUUAUAGAAAAUGUGUGGAUGAUGUUUGCAAGUGACUCUGCAAGAUCUUGGCCGUCGAUCUCAGUGAUUUUUACAACAUAAGCAACUGCAUAUGUCUCCAUCCAAAGAUCUCGGGAUGCUGCAUCUUUGUUGUGCCAUUGCAAAUGCAUGUGUGAAGCAGAGAGUGGGUCACAAACAGUGUUCACACUCUCCACCAUGCUUUUCUCCCAAGGACAGACCGUCCCAUAUGCACAUGAUAAUCACUAUCUGCACAUCAAAUGUUGUCUGUGUGGGGCCUUCCUAAAGAAUUAGCUUCAGUUCUUUGUGCAAAUAUAUUCAUUUUAUUGUGAAUGAAAAACAAUAGUGUGGGAACCAAUGACGAUGCUGUUUAACCUCAGUCAAUGCUGUAAACGAUUUUCACUUAGAAGACCCUGAAGUGCUGUUUAGUAACUGAGAUAUGGAGGUUUGAAGCUUGAAGGCUGAAGACUGUCUUUUCCAGCCUUUGCAAGAUAAAGAAAUAAACACACCCGCAUGUGCCUACAAUUCAUCUUGAUCUGAACUGCUCCUGUUUUAACUUUGAGAAUUAGUUUUUUAAAAACUUUGUUCAGUAUUAUGUGUUAUCUUCUUUAUAUGUUAUAUGAUGUUACACUUUAUUAUGAUGUGUCAUUUCUGUGGCUUACACUGAUCUGCAUGUAUAAAUCAAUCUCAAAUUGAUUCAGCAUCGGUGACAAAAUGUCUCCAGCCAAACAUUACCAAAAGCAUGCUGUCUGGAAUAAAACAUUGUGUCUAUUUGGUACACAUGAAAAUAGAAAAACUGCACUAAGACGCAUGUGCAGGAGGUGAUCCAGGAUGGCUCAUCAGGAAAGUGAAAUUUAUGGCCUGUAGAUGGUGUUUUUGACCAGCUGGGGUCUUACUAAUUGAAGACCUCAAGAUGAUUUCUAUUGACAGCAACCAACUUUAAGAAAACCAUUGAUUUAACAGAGGAUGUUCAGGUCAGCUUUACUGGAGAGUAAUUGAAAGGCAAACUAUAUUAAAUUCAGAGUCUGACCUAACAUUUUCUGCUUGUGAUAACUACUGUUGCUUGUCAAGAGUUUUUGAUGAUUCACAGAAAUGAUGAUGGUGAAAUGUGUACAGGUCAACUUUUGUGAUGGAAAACAUUUUAACACGCAAGAUCUACCACAUUUUUCUUCUUUCAAUUAAAGUUGUUGUCAGCUUCUUAAGUUGUAAAACCCAGAAUGAA